AUGAUGGCCUCAAACCGCGAUGGCUCCAUGGCUACCUUCAUUGAAAACGUAUAUCUGAACUUCCGCGAAUACUAUUAUAGCGUCACACAACCUGACUGCGUCGCCAAGCGCGAUAUCCUCACCAAGCGCUUCAAACUCCAAUCAUAUGGAGUCGCACAAGACACAGCACUGCUACCCCCACAUUGGGAAGACGAAAACUGCGUUGCCGGCAUUCACUUUAAUACACUAGGUCUUCUCGACUGCCCCAAGCAAUCUUCCAAAAUUGUAUUUGUUGGCGCCGGCGUCUCCGUCGAAACCUCCUCGGCCUUCUGUCCCGAGCUGGCUUGGAUGGACGAGGCCAUGCUACAUGGCGACGACGUCAUCUACAUGAACAUGGGCAGCAUGUUCAUCUGGAAACGCCAUGAAUUCUGGAACUGCAUUGCGGGCUUCGAAGCCGCCUAUAAGCAACGCGGGGGUCGUGUGCGCUUCCUAUUCAAGAUCAACUUCCCCAUCGAUUCCCCAGAACACAACUUCUCCACCGACGAGCUCCCUCCAUAUAUUCGGCUCACUAAUUGGAUCGACAACCAACACGCUAUUUACUCGCACCCGGCCCUCAAGGUCUUCAUUCACCAUGGAGGUGGCAACUCGUUCAACGAGGCCGUCUACUUCGGAGUUCCUCAAUUGAUUCUCAGCCAGUGGCUUGAUACCCACGAAUACGCCACCUACGCCGAGAAGUUCAAGUUGGGACUGCGCAGUGACCGACCACCGCAUGUUGAAGCCCGUGAUAUCGAGGUCAAGAUUCUGAAGAUGCUGGGCCCAUCCUGGCCUGAAUACAAGGCCAAUUGUCGAUCGUGGGCUAUUCGAAGCCAGAUCAGCGGUGGCACAGCAUCCGCUGCGAAGAUUAUCGUCUCUCAUGCUGAGAGCACACGAUUGAUUCAGGAUGGAAUCUUGACCCCACCCUUCACGCCUGUCGAGUCGCCCGUCUUAGAAAAGGACGCUGAGUCUCUCCAGGACAUUGCGAUUUGCUCUUAA